AUGCCUUCAUAUGCAAAGGUUUUGAAGGAGCUUCUCACGAAGAAAAGAAAGUACAUUGAGAAGGAGACCAUUGAAGUACAAGGAAAUUGCAGUGUAAUCAUACAAAAGUUGGUACCUCCUAAGCUUCAAGAUCCACGAAGUUUCACCAUUCCAUGUACCAUAGGAGAUUUGGAAGUUGGAAGAGCUUUGAUUGAUUUAGGGUCAAACAUUAAUUUGAUGCCCCUAUCUGUGCUUAAGAAGAUUGGUGGUCUUAGAUUGAAGCCGACAAAGAUUUCUUUGUUAAUGGCGGAUGGAUCAUCUAAAAAACCCUAUGGUGUGGUGGAAGAUAUUGUGGUUCAAAUGGAAAGACUUGAAUUCCUGGUUGACUUUGUGGUGAUGGAGAUGAAGGAGGAUGAAAAUAUCCCAAUUAUUCGUGGAAGGCCGUUUAUGAAAACGGCUGAGGUAAUCAUCAAUGUGGAUGAUGGGCUGAUAAUGUUUAAAGACCAAGAAGAGGAGGUGAUCUUUGAUGUCAUCAAAGAUAAGCAGAUUCAAGUGAAGAAGAUUAGUCACAGAGCUGCAAGUAAGGAUGCACUAGUGAAUAGACAUAAAGCUACAAAGUCGAUCAACAAAGAGGAGUUGCAGUAG